GAGAGUUGAGUGCAACAGGCAGGCAGGGCGGAACUGCUCGAGUACGUCGAAGCGAGGCGGACGCUCGGCCCUGAGUUUGUUAACAUCCAAGUCCAAGUUGCAUGCUGACGUGCUCGGCUUUUUUCUGACGUAACCCGAGCGCACGGCGGACACUAUCGUGGCUCGUUCAAAAGGCCGUUUUGGGAGCUGUUUGAACUUCACUGACGUUUUUGCCCUCAACUUGUUUUUUUUUCUUUUGACGACAAGGGAGGCGGCGGAGGCAGCCCUCGGCAGCCAUCUUUGGACCUGCCUUGCCCGGGAGUGGGAUUCGACCAUUCUGCCAUCCCAGUUACUUCGUAGGCCGUGGAUUGUCGUUUCUUCCUUUUUGUCCUUUCUUCUUUUUGUGUUUAUUUUCAUUUUUUUACGUAAAUGAACUUCUUCGUCUUCAUGUGACCAUCGAGUGACAGCCUAGAGAACGGCAGGGAUCCGACACGCUAAUACGGCCACGGAGCAAAGGGAUGAGAAAGGAGGGACUACUUAAUUUUUUUGUAAAUUGCUUUGAAUUUGACGAGAUUUCUCCAGUGCCCCCCGAGAGCUGGCCUGUCACAGAUCGUGGUGACAACAUAUGAGACAACUGUCCUGCAAAUGAGCCGUCGGUGGGGGCUUUUUAGUCGCUGCCGCAGACCCAGAUAGUUUGGCGGCAGCGGCAUCACCCCCGACCCCUACAAUCUCCCAACUAUGCCCAACAGCAGUCGGACGGGGAGUCUCAAGGACCCCGAAAUUGCGGAGCUCUUCUUCAAGGAAGAUCCCGAGAAGCUCUUCUCUGACCUGCGCGAGAUAGGACAUGGCAGCUUUGGCGCCGUAUAUUUUGCACAGGAUGUGCGAACAAGUGAGGUUGUGGCCAUCAAGAAGAUGUCUUACAGUGGAAAGCAGUCCAGCGAGAAAUGGCAAGACAUAAUCAAGGAAGUGAAAUUCCUGCAGAGAAUACAACACCCAAACAGUAUUGAGUACAAAGGAUGUUACCUGCGAGAGCACACGGCUUGGCUGGUGAUGGAGUAUUGUCUAGGCUCUGCUUCAGAUCUGUUAGAAGUGCACAAGAAGCCCCUUCAAGAGGUCGAAAUUGCUGCAAUUACCCACGGUGCUCUUCAAGGUUUGGCCUAUCUUCACUCCCACAACAUGAUUCACCGAGAUAUCAAGGCAGGAAACAUCUUGCUGACAGAGCCAGGCCAGGUGAAACUCGCUGAUUUUGGUUCGGCCUCCAUCGCCUGCCCUGCCAACUCCUUUGUUGGGACGCCAUAUUGGAUGGCCCCAGAGGUGAUAUUGGCUAUGGAUGAGGGCCAGUAUGACGGAAAGGUGGACAUCUGGUCUUUGGGAAUAACUUGCAUUGAAUUAGCUGAGAGGAAGCCUCCACUGUUCAACAUGAAUGCAAUGAGUGCCUUGUAUCACAUAGCACAGAAUGAAAGCCCCAUGCUGCAGUCUUGUGAAUGGACGGAUUAUUUCAGAAACUUUGUAGAUUCUUGCCUUCAGAAAUGUCCCCAAGAUAGGCCGAAUUCCGAGGAGCUCUUAAAGCACGCGUUUGUCCAGCGUGAACGUCCCGAAUCGGUUCUACUAGACCUAAUAAAUCGGACAAAGGAUGCGGUGCGAGAGCUGGACAAUUUGCAGUAUCGCAAAAUGAAGAAGAUCUUGUUUCAUGAAGCCCACAAUGGUCCCACAACUGAAGUUCCGGAUGAAGAGGAGGAGCCAGAACACAGUGUCAGCAGAACGGGCACGGUGAACAGCGUGGGGAGCAAUCAGUCCAUUCCCAGUAUGUCCAUCAGCGCCAGCUCCCAGAGCAGCUCCGUCAACAGUCUGACGGAUGCCGGUGACGACAAAAGCGAGGUGGACAUGGAGGGGGACCACACUGUCAUGUCCAACAGCUCUGUCAUACAUGUCAAACCGGAGAAAGGAGCGCACAACAAAGAUUCCGAACCUCUUGUGCGGUCAACUGAGCCUCAGUCCCAAACCCAACCCGCCAACACCCCGCGGCCGAAACGGAACCGUGAACACUUUGCGACAAUUCGCACAGCCUCAGUGCUCACUCGGCAGAUUAAGGAGCAUGAGCAGGACUCUGAAUUGAGGGAGCAGAUCUUGGGGUACAAGCGCAUGCGGCGGCAGCACCAGAAACAGCUGAUGGCCCUGGAGAACAAGCUGAAGGCAGAGAUGGAUGAGCACCGUCUCCGCCUGGAUAAGGAGCUGGAGAACCAGAGGAACAGCUUUGCUCAGGAAAUGGAGAAGCUGAUUAAGAAGCACCAAGGCUCCAUGGAGAAGGAUACAAAAACCUUCAGCAACGAUGAGAAGAAAUUCCACCAACACAUCCAGAGCCAGCAGAAGAAGGAACUCAACAGCUUCCUCGAAUCACAGAAGCGGGAGUACAAACUGCGCAAGGAACAACUGAAAGAGGAGCUGAAUGAAAACCAGUCAACACCCAAGAAGGAAAAGCAAGAGUGGUUGUCCAAGCAGAAAGAGAAUUUCCAGCACUUCCAAGCCGAAGAGGAGGCAAACCUGCAGCGCCGACAAAGGCAGUAUCUGGAAUUGGAGUCGCGCAGGUUCAAACGGAGGAUCCUGAUCGCUCGCCACAACAUCGAGCAGGAUUUAGUGCGCGAGGAGCUGAACAAACGUCAGACCCAGAAGGACCUGGAACACGCCAUGCUCCUGCGGCACCACGAGUCCAUGCAAGAGCUGGAGUUCCGCCAGCUCAACACCAUCCAGAGGACGCGGGCGGAGCUCAUCCGACUGCAGCACCAGACGGAGCUCACCAACCAGCAGGAGUACAACAAGAGGCGGGAGAGGGAGCUGAGACGCAAGCAUGUUAUGGAGGUUCGCCAACAACCCAAAAGCCUCAAGUCCAAAGAGCUACAGAUCAAGAAGCAAUUCCAGGACACCUGCAAGAUCCAGACCCGACAGUACAAGGCGCUGAGGAAUCACCUGCUGGACACCACACCGAAGUCGGAGCACAAGGCUGUACUCAAGCGCCUGAAGCAGGAGCAGCACCGCAAACUCGCCAUCUUGGCUGAGCAGUACGACCACUCCAUCAAUGAGAUGCUGUCCACUCAGGCGCUUCGUCUGGAUGAGACUCAAGAGUCCCAGUGCCAGGGCCUUAAAAUGCAGCUUCAGCAGGAGCUGGAGCUUCUGAACGCCUAUCAGAGCAAGAUCAAGAUGCAGACAGACGCGCAGCAUGAACGCGAGAGGAAAGAUCUGGAACAGAGGGUGUCGCUACGCAGAGCGCUCCUGGAACAAAAGAUCGAGGAGGAGAUGAUGUCCUUGCAAAACGAUCGCUUGGAGCGAAUCCGCAGUCUGCUGGAGCGUCAAGCGCGAGAGGUGGAGGCAUUCGACUCGGAGAGCAUGCGCCUGGGCUUCAGCAACAUGGUGCUAUCGAGCGUCUCCCCUGAAGCCCUCGGCCACAGCUAUCCCGGAUCGCCGGCAAAUUGGGGUGUCCAUCUUCAGCAGCAGCAGCAGCCUUCAUCAGGGAGCUUUCACGGGUCACAGUGGAGCGGCGGCAGCUUAGGGGCGGGGUCGAGCCGCCAAGGCAGCCAUCGCCACUACCACUCUAGUCCCAGCGGCCCGCCUACGCCGCAGAGCUGGGGUCAAGGCGUGCGAGGAGGCGGGGCUCCGCAGCCGUGGGGCCACCCCUCAGCGGUGUCCCGCGGCAGCACCGUCGCGCAGAACAGUCCCCAAGGCAUCGGGAGGACACCGCCCGGAGGGCACGGCGAUCAGGGCAUGAGCAGGAGCACCAGCGUCACCUCGCAAAUAUCCAACGGGUCCCACCUGUCCUACACAUAAAUCCUAUGUCAGCUGGCGCAGAUGUCAAGUCCAACUAAACACAGCAACAAAGAAAUACCCCCCCAACCCCCUCCAUUUUUUUUCUACUGUGCAUACCCACACGUGGAUGUGUGGUUGAAUCAAUGUUGCUCAGGUCAAAUGGGCUGCAAAUAGCUGCAGCCGACCCCCCCACACACAUACACACACACAAAGGAUACUGAUCCUUUAGCUUUGUUACAUUAGCACACUGAUAUAAUUACAUUGUCAUUCACAGCCCUUGCUCCCGUUUUGCACAGGAAAACGCUGUUGUAAGCCUUCCCAUUCAUAAUGAUAUUCCCCUCUCCCAUCUAGUGCUGAUUGUGGUUUGAAACAGUGUUGUGAUGCCAGCCUGCUGCGAUGGCCAUGGGGAUCCAUUUAAACCACCACCAGCCAAAAGUCACAAACAAAUAAGCAUUUUCUUCCUCCAGUUCAAGGCCACAAGCUUGACAAUGGUGCCUUUUCAGCUUGUUUGAAUGAAAACACAAGUCUUAAAUGUUAAAUACCGCACGAAACCUCCAAUUGGUCAUUUUCAUGCAGAACAUAGUAUUUUGCCCCCCCAUUUCAAAGAAGCCCUCCUGUUUGGUUUCUUUUUGGUGAUACUAAAAUCGAUUGCCCAUAUGUCCAAAUGUCAAGACUCUGGGUUUAAAUGUUAUCAGUGUGUGUACUUCAUUUAGCAUUCUAAGGAUCCCUCUUUAUUUCCACAAGUCCCAGAUAUAUUCAGAUGUGUACGCACUGGUGAUGUGCAGAGUAGUCUUAAACUGAGAAGUGGAGAGCAACGUGUAAAUACUGUUUUUUUUUUUUAAUAGUCAUCCUUCUAGAGGGGUGGUACUCUUUAGAAGUGACCUGUCAGUGUCCAGAGGUGACACCCUUGCCUUCAAAAACGAUCCAAAUCAGAUGUCUUGAUUUUUAUCAGUGCCUUUUUUAGAGAGGGGGAACAAAACUGCUGCAUUUUCCAAGCACUUUAUGCUGAAUGCAAUUUUUUAAAGUAAAUAUUUGAUUUGCUUUGACAAAAGCACCUGGUAGGCGAUGUUGGGAUGAGGGGUUGCGGUGCAGUCCAUGGCAAGCCUGGUGCGUGUGAGUUGGAACCCAAUUUAACUGAAUGUGUGGAGCCACUGGAGUUGCGGCUUUCUGAGUUCAUCAAACUGAUGGAAAUGUUCAGGCUGGUCAAAUACAGGUAAAAGCCAUGACCAUGACAGCAGGCUGGGAGCCACAUCAUCGGGUGAGGUGACAACAUAAAGAAGUGACAUGAAAAGAACAUUUUGGGACUGACUGAAUUGAGCACCCGCGUGUGUUUGUGAGUGUACAUGCAAGUUAGAAUAGAAACAAAUGUGGCAUUGAGCACUUAGCCAUUUAUUUUACACUUGACAGGAGCGGCUUGCAUUGCACGAUAAUAAAGCUUUAAAGACGGGCUGUCAAACUUGUUUUUUGCUGUGGGCCACAUUGUAGUUGUGCAAAAAAUACAAAUGUUGCCAGUUUUGCACAUUUUCCCCACUUAGAAAGAAUGACGAGGUCUAGUUGUCUGUGCACUUCUAUGAUGGGCAGAAUCCAGAGGGAGCAAAUACAGAGAAUCAAAUUGGAGUUUUAAAUAUUGGGUGUGGCGUUUUUUUCCUCCCCCCAAUGAAGUAUUUUAUCAUGUUAAUUCUGGUCAGCAUGUAAAUGAAAGUGACUACAUUAGACAUGUGAGAAAGACCCAAAAGUGCAAGUACUCCAAGGAGGAACUAGCCAAAAUCCCAGAUACGGUGUGUGCAAAUCUAUUCAGGAAAUAAUGUUACCUCUAAUUGUAAAAAUGCUUAAUUUCAUGCAAUAAAAUGACUUUUUUUUUAAUUGUGAUUUUUCCAUAUUGCAAUUUUUUUUAGAUUGUCUUUGACAGUUGACGUGUAGCUGCUGUGAAAAUAUCAGCCUUCUUUGUAAAUUGAUGGUGCGUCAUUUACUCAUUUGACCCACUGUUUGGAUUCCCUCGGAGAGCCGUUAUGAGUGAAAAGAAAAGCAUACAAAUUUACACGCAGUCCCUUGUAUUACGACCUGCACUGCAAUUUGAAUUUGUAUGCCACAAUUUUUCAUGACCUCGGAUUUCCAAUUUGUUUUAAAGGUUUUUGUUUUUUAAUGCUUGCAGCAUCUGCUCAAUGUAACAAGACUUUCUAUACAAAACUUGGUGCCAAAAUAAAAUUGACCCCUAAUUUGCAUGAAUUACGGCAGUGGGCCGGAACGGAACUUGAGUUUGACAACCUGUGCUUUAAAGCAGCAAGAAACCAGAUUGCUUCGAGUGGAACCUCCAAAGUUGAACACAAUCCAAUUGACUUCCAUGUUGUAAUUUCAAAAAUUGCAAAUCGUGUGACACAAAUGAAUGUGCUUUGUUGCUAAAUUAAAGGCUUGAACUGUACAGGAAACUUAUACGACCAUGUUAACGUUCGAUCAUACAAAGUUUCGAGAGAAGUGAACAAUAUAAAUCCAACCAUCUAUUUUCUAUAGCUCUCGACAUUGGAGGUUUCACUCUAUACAGACUUUUUUUGUAUGUAUAAUCGUAACAAUUUAAAGCCGACAAAAUUGGCUUUACAGUUGACAUGUGAAUAGAGCAAGUUCCUCAAUUUCUUGUGACACCCCCCCAACCAUCAGAAAGAAGCAAUCUUACCAUUUGUCAGAUGUAUCGAUAAAGAACAAAAUGGAAACAUAUUGUUCCUUUCUCACGGCAGAAGCCAAGAGUUUGAAUUUUUGCCCCGAAGACCCUCACCCCCCACUCCCAAUGCCAACCUACACUUUUGUCAGUAUCUAUGUGUUUGAUUGGAUAGUUGUUAAUGACCCAUCUGUCCACCAACCUGGAUGUGUUUUUAUAUUUACUUUUUCUUUUUUGUUUCGUGAGGGUUGUGGGUCCUACUGACUGACUGACUGACUGAACGCUGUUAUGGAUUCUGAAUGAGGCGACAGAGAGAGAGGGCAGACGCCUUUUCUGUGGUCCAAACACUGCCAUAGUUGCCAAGCCCGGAUCUUGCCAUGUUGUCUUCGGUGAUCAUGGUCACAUCUAAUGCAGAGGCCAGCACGCGCGCGCGCGCGCGCACACACACACACACAAGAAAAUGCUUCGGUGACAAAUAUAGUACGUGAGAUGAGAGCAUUUCUUUUGAAGAUGUCAGUAUUUUAUUUUAUUUUUUGGGCGCAUUACCACUACAACUUGUAACCUGUAUUAAAUUGUAUAGCUGGUCUUGAGAGUUUAUGAAGAUGCUACACGUAACGAGAUGCUCAGACACUUCAAUUGAUUCAAAUUCUAUAAAAAAUGAUUAAACAGAAUAUGAAUAGAAUAAAAUCUAUUUUGUUUGUAUUAUAAUGUACCAUUGUGUCGGCAGAGGGAUUAUUGAAAAGAAAUCAGAUGUAAUAAAGUAAUUUUAGUAUAAAA